AUGGCCCUGCACGAGAUUCAGGCGGCGCGCGUCGAAGGCGCGGGGGAGCGCUUUCUCCUCAGCAAGCAGCUGCUCCGGCUGCUGGGCUUCGAGUCCGUCUACACCCACCAGUUCGACAAGUGCAUCCCGCUGCUGGAGCUGCUGCUCCUUGGCUUCCUCGGCGUCAGAUUCCUCUUCUUUAUUUCGGCCGCCUGUCUCUUCGCGUACACGCAGGACGAGUUCUCCAGAUGGUUGCGAACAGCGGACGUAUUCUGGACCUCAGUUCCUGAAUUGCAGUCCUUCAGCCUUAUACGAUUGUUGCAUUACGUCACACCCACUGUGAUGAGAGCCCAUGCCCUGCGCAAGCUCAGAAAGGCGUUUGAGAGAUUUGCUCGACAUCGUUCCCUGAGAAGUCGCAUCAUUACCGCCCUGCCAGUCUUAAGAUACUGCCUCAUGUGCUGCUGCUGUCUCCUCCUUGGUUUUGAUGCAUUUCUCAUCAAAUCCAGGGUUGUUCGCGAAUGCCUCGUAGGCGAUGGCUUUGAUUGGGGCAAUUUCUUUCAAAUUCUAGUGUAUUUAUAUCAGGUGUCGGGCAUAGUGAGUAUCAACUGGAUCGUGAGGGAGCGGCUGUUCAUUUUCAUAUUCGGAGGCGAGCUCGGCAGACCAAGCAACGAUGACAAGAUCCUGUUCGAAGUCUGGAGCACCAUGCUGGCCAAGGAGAUCUACACCGAGCACGGCUACCUCGUGGGCACCGUGGUGAUGCUCGGCUUCGACGACUUCGACUUCCAGCUCCUGGUGCUCGACGACAAGCGCAAGCCGGAUAAGAUGUCUGCGAGAUCCUGCUGCGGCAGCCCGAAGAGGUUCCUGCGAAGCGGCUUCUCGCCCAUGCUGCCCGCCGGCUGCGACCCCGACGGUGGGCCCGCGGAGGCGGGCGCCAAGUGCCGCGAGCCCCGAUGCAGCGCUCCGCCACCGCCCGAGGCGGCCGGCAGGGGCGAGGGCGCGGCGCACCCGCAGGACGGGCCGAGGCUCGGCGGCGCGGCGGUCCCCGCGGCUCGCCUCGACGACCUCCGGCAGCCCCUGCUGGGCGGCUCUUCGGGCGGCAGGGGCAGCACUGCGGCUUCCUCGGAGAGCGGCCCCGAGGCGGGCGGCAGGGGCGAGGGCGCGGCGCACCCGCAGGACGGGCCGAGGCUCGGCGGCGCGGCGGUCCCCGCGGCUCGCCUCGACGACCUCCGGCAGCCCCUGCUGGGCGGCUCUUCGGGCGGCAGGGGCAGCACUGCGGCUUCCUCGGAGAGCGGUCCCGAGGCGGGCGGCAGGGGCGAGGGCGCGGCGCACCCGCAGGACGGGCCGAGGCUCGGCGGCGCGGCGGUCCCCGCGGCUCGCCUCGACCCCACGAGCCCGCGCCGCCUCCUGGAGGAGGGCCUGCA